AGCCUGUGAAUAAAAUGCAUCAGAGGAAGACAGAAGCACUGAAGGAAGAAAUAAUAAAAACAAAUUGCCCAGAAAGAACUUAGCGUGAGAUUUAGGUUUGUAAAUAAAAGUAUGCAGUAGGGUUUUGGUAUGCUGGGUAGUAAAAUAAAUGAACAAUCAUGGAAAACGUGAAUUUGGAAUUUGUUUGAAGAAGUAGCCUUCUUUAUAUGCAGCUUUAAUCACAGUAACUGCUCUCCCCUGCAGAACUGAACUGCAAAGAUGUCAUCAUUUGUGAUUUCUGGUGCGUUUUUUUCUGGGCAGAUUUUAGUCGUUUUUUGUGUGACUUUCUGAAUGAAGCUGCAAAAUAUAAAGGAUUAUUAACAAAAAAAGUCAGUGAAACUUAAAAACUGCUUCAGAGAUGAGUUUGAUAGCUGACGAGAUCCAUUUCCCAGUACAUGCAAUCUAGUUUUCCUCAGUAGUUGUUUUUGUUAGAUUAAAAAAUUACACAGUGGCUUCUCAACGAUCAUGAAAGUGUUUAUUUUUGUUUCCUAGAUGUGUCUUCUAAUCUGCACAUAUUUGUCAAUAGGUAGCUUUAAUGCAAAAAUGAUAUUUUUGGAACAGCAUUAUAUAAUGGUAAUUAAUCACACAAGUGGAGUAAAUCAGAAAAUCAACAGGGCAGCGAGAAACAAAAUGGUGAUCCAGCCAACCAUAGGAAGAAAUCGUAUCUGGUUCUGACCUUCUCAGUGACCUUUUGGUCAGGGAUUUCAGACUUUGGGGUGCACAUACCCAGUACUUCCAUUAAGACUGUACAUCCAGGGAAGAAGCUGCAGAUACAUUAUCUUCUUUCUUCUUCCCAUAGUCCCGAGGAAUCCAGAGAGGGAUAAACAUUCAUUGUUAUAUUUUACAUCAGUUUGCGGUGGUACUUCACAAGUCAUAAACUUAUUGAUGUUUAGUCAUUACACUUUUGCCUGAGCGUGAAAUAGUUCUUCACGGUUUAAUUAAAGAGUCUCUAUAGUGUGUAGUUAAAAUUAUAGCCUUAUGGGGAGCCAUGCCAAGAGACCUGCUCUCUCUAGGUCACACCUGUCAUUGUGAAAAGAGAUUCUGCAGCUGAAACUACUUCAGGCAGUUUCAGCCUGAGUACUAUUCCCCUUCGAUCUUGCCAACUGCUGAGCCUUCUCUGCUAUAUGAGGUAGAAUCAGCAUCAAACAGAGGGGAGGCAGAGGAACCUGCCAGCAUAAGCAGAGAUGAACAGCAUGUUGCCAGUGAGAAAUGUCAGCUUUUAUUGCUACUUCCCUAGCUGACCCUUUGUGAACAAUUGUUCUGAAGAACAAGAUUUCUUUUUCCCAAGAUGUUGCCCAAGUAAUAACAUUUCCCAAAGCGGUGAUGAGUCUGUCCUUAACCUCUGACUGCUAGACAGUAGGUUUUAGUAAUAUUUCCAAAUGUCAUUGAUUUAAGAGAUAGAUACAUGUGUGUUUGGCACCUCUGAUGCUCUGAGAGUUUCUGACAUGCCAGAAUUCUCUAAAUCUCUGGUGUGCAUUGGCUUAAAUGCAUUAAUUUACCUGAUCUACCUUCUUCGCUGGAAAUCCUGUGUGAGAAAAGGCUCAAUAAAUGGCAAUUAGAUUUUAACAGUUUGGUGAAACUUUUUAUUUCACGUCACUUAUUCUUUCCCAUGAGUAAAGGCUUUGGGAAGAGUGACUAAAUGCACUUACUGUGGCAAUAGCCUUCAACCUUGGCAGAUACAGGCUCAAAAUCAAACAUGCUGUCAUGGAUUUCCUUUGUGGCUGCAUCCUGAUGUCAUGGUUUCAUGCAUUUAAAAAGAAGGUAAUAGUACUUUUGCCUUUGUUGUAAUGCUAAGUGUGUUGAGUGCUAUAUUGCUCCUAUAACCACUACAAAAUUUCAAACAGAAAGGUCACCUUUUAUAUCACUGUUUGAAAUAGAUGUGCAGUAUGUCACUAACUCAUUAAAUCAGUCCAACCUUCUGUCUCUUCUACAAGAAGGGAUAAUCUUUGUUAUUUUAUUGCAUAUUGUGUAUUAUUUGCUAGAACUCAAAGUUAAGGAGUGCAGUUCAAUGUACAAGACAGACCUUAUGGAUCUUUUUUGGAUGGAGGAUGACAGUUUUCUAUUUAAAAUGAAACGCAGUGAAUGUGUAUGGUUUCUUAGAACUGCCACGAGCACAGGCUGUACAUGCUGGAGCUGACAGAAGGAAGUGCAAUGAAACUACUGACCAGCAAGCAUGUACUUUCACUGUAUUUUAUCGACCAUAUCUCUUUCUUUAGACAUGUCUGUCUCUAUCUACUCAUAGAUAGAUAAAUGUGUCUAAAACAAGAUGUAUUUUCACAGGGGGCUUGUUAUACAGCUAUCAAAAGAUGAGAUAUUUUUUCUUGUUUCCUAAGGUCUUCCCUUAGACAGGGGCCAUGAGAGCUGGUAAGUUGAGCAUAGCAUCAGCUUGAGAGCUCCAGAAUCGCAAACCUUAAAGACAGAAGAAAAGAAAAAAACCAUUAGGACUUCUGGUACAGCUGCUUUGCUAUGCAGAGUUAUUCCCUAUUGUAGAUUAACCAAUAUUUCUUCUAGUCUUUGUUUAAUUGUGUGAUGCAGUGGCAUCUCCACUGGGAGACUAUUACCGAGCUUAAUAGAUGGGAAGCUUAUCUGACAUUCAUCUUAAAUUUCUUUCUUUCUUUUUUUAGUUUCAUACCGUUAAUGGUGCCAUCCCUCUUAUACUCUAAAUAAUCACUUGCUCUGCUUCAUCUGUUUUCCAAAGAUUAAUGUAAUUUUCCAAAGCAUCCAAACAGAAAUUCUCAGUUUUCCUUAAUAGAAGCUCAAUGCCUUCAGCUACCUGAUUUGUGUUAUUCCUUUUCCAUGCUCCCUCUGGUUCUUGUAUCCUCCUUACCCCUGAUUGUUCUGCAUGCAAACUCAGUAUGAUUUCAUGGAACGCUUGGAUGGGAAAGAGAAAUGGAGUGUGGUGGAAUCCCCACGGGAACGGCGAAGUAUUCAGACUCUUGUUCAGAAUGAGGCUGUGUUUGUUCAGUACUUGGAUGUGGGUUUGUGGCACCUGGCGUUUUACAAUGAUGGCAAGGACAAAGAAGUGGUCUCCUUCAGUACAGUUAUUUUGGAUUCAGUGCAAGACUGUCCACGUAAUUGUCAUGGCAAUGGCGAGUGUGUUUCUGGUGUCUGCCACUGUUUUCCCGGAUUUCAUGGAGCAGAUUGUGCUAAAGGACGGCGCCACUUUAAUAAGUAUAAAAAGAAGGCUGCCUGCCCGGUGCUGUGCAGUGGCAAUGGUCAGUACUCCAAAGGAACCUGCUUGUGCUACAGUGGCUGGAAAGGUCCGGAAUGUGAUGUACCCAUCAGCCAGUGUAUUGAUCCCUCGUGUGGAGGUCAUGGUUCCUGCAUCGAAGGGAACUGUGUCUGUUCCAUUGGCUAUAAAGGAGAAAACUGUGAGGAAGUUGAUUGCUUAGAUCCAACAUGCUCCAAUCACGGGGUCUGUGUGAACGGAGAGUGUCUCUGCAGCCCAGGCUGGGGUGGAAUAAACUGUGAGCUUCCCAGAGCCCAGUGCCCAGACCAGUGCAGUGGGCAUGGCACAUACCUGUCUGACACCGGUCUCUGUAGCUGCGAUCCCAACUGGAUGGGUCCCGACUGCUCCGUUGAAGUGUGCUCUGUAGACUGUGGCACCCAUGGGGUGUGCAUUGGCGGAGCGUGUCGCUGUGAAGAAGGGUGGACAGGAGUGGCGUGUGACCAGCGUGUGUGUCAUCCCCGGUGUACAGAGCACGGAACUUGUAAAGAUGGGAAAUGUGAAUGCAGAGAGGGCUGGAAUGGGGAGCACUGCACCAUUGGUAGGCAAACGACAGGCACCGAAACAGAUGGCUGCCCUGACUUGUGCAAUGGCAACGGGAGGUGCACGCUGGGCCAGAACAGCUGGCAGUGUGUCUGCCAGACCGGCUGGAGAGGGCCUGGAUGCAACGUUGCCAUGGAAACCUCCUGUGCCGAUAACAAGGAUAACGAGGGAGAUGGCUUGGUUGACUGCCUAGACCCAGAUUGCUGCCUCCAGUCCACUUGUCAAAACAGCCUGCUGUGCCGGGGUUCCCGUGAUCCUCUUGACGUCAUACAACAGAGCCAUUCUGGUUCACCAGCUGUGAAGUCAUUCUAUGAUCGAAUCAAGCUCUUAGUGGGGAAGGACAGCACUCAUAUCAUUCCAGGAGAAAAUCCCUUCAACAGCAGCCUUGUGUCUCUUAUAAGAGGCCAAGUGGUGACUACAGAUGGAACGCCUCUAGUUGGGGUCAACGUGUCAUUUGUCAAGUAUCCAAAGUAUGGCUAUACCAUCACUCGUCAGGAUGGCAUGUUUGACUUGGUUGCUAACGGUGGAUCAUCCCUAACUUUGCACUUUGAACGGGCCCCAUUUAUGAGUCAGGAAAGGACAGUAUGGCUGCCGUGGAACAGCUUCUAUGCCAUGGACACGCUUGUAAUGAAGACAGAGGAGAACUCCAUUCCCAGCUGUGAUCUCAGUGGCUUUGUCAGACCUGAUCCAGUCAUCAUUUCAUCACCACUGUCAACUUUCUUCAGUGAUGCUCCUGGCCGAAAUCCUAUUGUACCAGAAACCCAGGUUCUUCAUGAAGAAAUUGAGGUCCCUGGCUCAAGUAUAAAGCUGAUCUACCUGAGUUCCCGUACUGCUGGAUAUAAGUCCUUACUUAAGAUCAUCAUGACUCAGUCACUUGUGCCACUGAAUCUAAUCAAAGUUCAUUUGAUGGUAGCAGUAGAAGGGCAUCUAUUUCAAAAAUCAUUUCUGGCAUCUCCCAACUUGGCUUAUACAUUCAUCUGGGACAAAACAGAUGCAUAUGGUCAGAAGGUUUAUGGGUUGUCAGAUGCUGUAGUUUCUGUGGGUUUUGAAUAUGAGACUUGUCCCAGUUUGAUUCUGUGGGAGAAAAGGACUGCGCUGCUGCAAGGAUUUGAGCUAGAUCCUUCCAAUCUAGGAGGAUGGUCUUUGGAUAAACAUCAUGUACUGAAUGUCAAGAGUGGUAUAUUGCACAAAGGCAAUGGAGAAAAUCAGUUUCUAACUCAGCAGCCAGCUGUGAUAACCAGCAUUAUGGGGAAUGGGCGCCGAAGAAGCAUAUCCUGUCCUAGCUGCAAUGGUCUUGCAGAAGGAAAUAAGCUUUUGGCCCCUGUAGCACUGGCAGUGGGAAUUGAUGGAAGUCUCUUUGUUGGAGAUUUUAAUUACAUUCGGCGUAUCUUCCCAUCCAGGAAUGUGACUAGCAUAUUGGAGCUGAGAAAUAAAGAGUUUAAACAUAGCAACAAUCCUGCUCACAAAUACUAUCUGGCCGUGGACCCCGUUUCGGGCUCCCUGUACGUAUCAGACACCAACAGCCGACGGAUAUACAAAGUCAAAUCUCUCACUGGCACGAAAGACCUGGCUGGUAAUUCUGAAGUGGUAGCGGGGACUGGAGAGCAAUGCCUGCCCUUUGAUGAAGCCAGAUGUGGAGAUGGAGGGAAAGCAGUGGACGCAACCCUAAUGAGUCCUCGAGGAAUUGCAGUGGAUAAGUAUGGACUCAUGUAUUUUGUUGAUGCCACUAUGAUUCGAAAAGUGGAUCAGAAUGGAAUUAUAUCAACUCUGCUGGGCUCCAAUGACCUAACUGCUGUCCGACCUCUAAGCUGUGAUUCCAGCAUGGAUGUCAGCCAGGUACGGCUGGAGUGGCCUACUGAUCUCGCUGUCAAUCCCAUGGACAACUCACUUUAUGUCCUAGAGAACAAUGUUAUUUUACGGAUCACAGAAAACCAUCAAGUUAGCAUUAUUGCUGGACGCCCCAUGCACUGCCAGGUUCCUGGUAUAGACUACUCUCUUAGCAAACUGGCUAUUCAUUCCGCACUUGAAUCAGCCAGUGCCAUUGCCAUCUCACACACAGGAGUUCUUUACAUCAGUGAGACAGAUGAAAAAAAAAUUAAUCGGCUACGCCAGGUAACUACCAAUGGAGAAAUAUGCCUUCUUGCAGGGGCAGCUUCAGACUGUGAUUGCAAAAAUGAUGUCAACUGUAAUUGCUAUUCUGGGGAUGAUGGGUAUGCCACUGAUGCCAUCUUAAAUUCACCAUCUUCCUUAGCUGUGGCCCCAGAUGGUACCAUCUACAUAGCUGAUCUCGGAAAUAUCCGCAUUAGGGCUGUCAGUAAAAACAGGCCCAUUCUUAAUUCUUUUAACCAAUAUGAAGCUGCAUCUCCAGGAGAACAGGAGCUGUAUGUCUUCAAUGCUGAUGGGAUUCACCAGUACACUCUCAGCCUUGUUACCGGGGAGUACUUGUACAAUUUCACCUAUAGCAGUGAUAACGAUGUCACCGAGGUGAUGGACAGCAAUGGCAACUCCUUGAAGGUCCGUCGGGAUGCCAGCGGAAUGCCCCGCCAUUUACUGAUGCCUGAUAAUCAGAUUGUCACGCUGGCCGUUGGCACUAAUGGUGGACUCAAACUAGUCUCAACGCAGACCCUGGAACUUGGAUUAAUGACUUAUAACGGAAACAGUGGUCUCUUAGCAACGAAGAGUGAUGAAACAGGAUGGACAACAUUUUAUGACUAUGAUCAUGAAGGGCGCCUGACCAAUGUAACACGUCCCACUGGAGUGGUAACUAGCCUUCAUCGAGAAAUGGAAAAGUCUAUUACCAUCGACAUUGAGAAUUCUAAUCGGGAUGAUGAUGUCACGGUCAUCACAAAUCUCUCCUCUGUGGAGGCUUCCUAUACAGUUGUUCAAGAUCAAGUGAGGAACAGCUACCAGCUCUGUAAUAAUGGUACUUUGAGAGUGAUGUAUGCCAAUGGCAUGAGUAUUAGCUUUCACAGCGAACCUCAUGUCCUGGCUGGGACAGUAACUCCCACCAUAGGACGAUGUAAUAUUUCUCUACCAAUGGAGAAUGGUUUGAACUCAAUUGAAUGGCGUCUGAGGAAAGAACAGAUUAAAGGCAAAGUGACUGUGUUUGGAAGAAAGCUCAGGGUUCAUGGAAGGAAUUUGCUGUCCAUUGAUUACGACCGGAAUAUACGCACAGAAAAAAUCUACGAUGAUCACCGCAAGUUCACCCUGAGGAUAAUUUACGAUCAGCUGGGACGGCCCUUCCUCUGGCUGCCCAGCAGCGGCCUGGCUGCCGUCAACGUGUCCUAUUUCUUCAACGGGCGCCUGGCUGGGCUUCAGCGCGGAGCCAUGAGCGAAAGGACAGACAUCGACAAGCAAGGCAGGAUCAUAUCGCGCAUGUUUGCAGAUGGGAAGGUUUGGAGUUACACCUACCUAGAAAAAUCCAUGGUACUACUGCUUCAGAGCCAGCGGCAGUACAUCUUUGAGUAUGAUUCUUCAGACCGGCUCCAUGCUGUUACUAUGCCUAGUGUUGCUCGGCAUAGCAUGUCAACUCACACGUCUGUUGGCUACAUUAGGAAUAUUUAUAAUCCUCCUGAAAGCAACGCAUCAGUGAUUUUUGAUUACAGUGAUGAUGGGAGGAUUUUGAAAACAUCAUUUUUAGGUACUGGUCGACAAGUCUUUUACAAGUAUGGAAAGCUAUCCAAAUUAUCUGAAAUUGUUUAUGACAGUACUGCGGUUACUUUUGGAUAUGAUGAAACUACAGGUGUCCUAAAAAUGGUGAAUUUGCAAAGUGGAGGAUUUUCUUGUACAAUCCGCUAUCGUAAAAUUGGCCCUCUUGUUGACAAACAAAUCUACAGAUUCUCUGAAGAAGGUAUGGUCAAUGCAAGGUUUGAUUAUACAUAUCACGACAAUAGUUUUCGCAUUGCAAGCAUCAAACCCAUCAUAAGUGAGACUCCUCUUCCAGUUGAUCUUUACCGUUAUGAUGAGAUUUCUGGCAAAGUUGAGCAUUUUGGCAAAUUUGGAGUUAUUUAUUAUGAUAUAAAUCAAAUUAUUACUACAGCAGUUAUGACACUGAGUAAGCACUUUGAUACCCACGGACGCAUUAAAGAAGUUCAAUAUGAGAUGUUCCGAUCCCUGAUGUACUGGAUGACUGUGCAAUAUGACAGCAUGGGAAGAGUAACUAAAAGAGAACUGAAACUUGGGCCGUAUGCCAACACAACCAAGUAUACCUAUGAUUAUGAUGGAGAUGGGCAAUUGCAAAGCGUAGCAGUAAAUGAUAGGCCUACCUGGCGUUACAGUUAUGACCUGAAUGGAAAUCUUCACCUACUGAAUCCUGGAAACAGUGUUCGAUUGAUGCCCCUGCGCUACGACCUCAGAGACAGGAUUACGCGCUUAGGUGACAUACCGUACAAAAUCGAUGAUGACGGAUUCCUGUGUCAACGAGGCUCAGAUGUAUUUGAGUACAAUUCCAAAGGACUUUUAACAAGAGCUUACAACAAAGCAAAUGGAUGGAACGUUCAGUACCGUUACGACGGACUUGGCCGAAGGGCUUCCUGUAAGACUAACCUAGGACAUCAUCUACAGUACUUUUAUGCUGAUCUUCACAAUCCAACAAGAGUAACACAUGUCUACAAUCAUUCCAAUUCAGAAAUUACCUCUCUGUAUUAUGAUCUGCAAGGCCACCUCUUUGCAAUGGAGAGUAGCAGUGGGGAAGAAUAUUAUGUCGCCUCCGAUAACACGGGCACUCCGCUAGCCGUAUUCAGCAUCAAUGGCCUCAUGAUCAAACAGCUUCAGUACACUGCAUACGGAGAGAUUUAUUAUGACUCAAACCCUGAUUUCCAGCUGGUUAUUGGGUUCCAUGGAGGGCUGUAUGAUCCUUUAACCAAACUCGUCCAUUUUACCCAAAGGGACUACGAUGUCCUUGCUGGACGCUGGACAUCUCCUGAUUACACAAUGUGGAAAAACAUUGGUAGAGAACCUGCUCCUUUCAAUCUGUACAUGUUCAAGAGUAACAACCCUCUCAGCAAUGAACUGGAUCUAAAGAAUUAUGUAACAGAUGUCAAAAGCUGGCUGGUGAUGUUCGGAUUUCAGCUUAGCAACAUUAUUCCUGGCUUCCCUAGAGCAAAAAUGUACUUUGUGUCACCUCCAUACGAGCUGACUGAGAGUCAAGCGUGUGAAAAUGGACAGCUAAUUACAGGAGUCCAGCAGACAACAGAAAGACACAAUCAAGCUUUCAUGGCUCUUGAGGGACAGGUCAUAUCUAAAAGAUUACAUGCCAGUAUUAGAGAAAAAGCAGGCCACUGGUUUGCAACAAGCACUCCUAUUAUUGGGAAAGGAAUCAUGUUUGCUGUGAAGGAAGGCCGUGUAACCACUGGCAUUUCCAGUAUAGCCACAGACGAUAGCAGAAAAAUUGCCUCUGUCCUUAACAGUGCUCACUACCUGGAAAAAAUGCACUACAGCAUCGAGGGGAAGGAUACUCACUACUUUGUCAAGAUAGGCUCAGCCGAUAGCGACCUCGUCACCCUCGCGAUGACCAGCGGGAGGAAGGUCCUGGACAGCGGAGUAAACGUGACCGUCUCCCAGCCAACCCUCCUUAUCAACGGAAGGACUCGACGGUUCACAAACAUCGAGUUUCAGUAUUCCACCCUGCUGAUCAACAUCCGCUACGGGCUCACCGCCGACACGCUGGAUGAGGAGAAGGCACGAGUGCUAGACCAGGCUCGGCAGCGAGCCCUGGGGUCGGCCUGGGCCAAAGAGCAGCAGAAGGCACGGGAUGGCCGCGAGGGCAGCCGCGUAUGGACAGACGGAGAGAAGCAACAGCUUCUGAACACGGGAAGGGUUCAAGGUUACGAGGGAUAUUAUGUCUUGCCUGUGGAGCAGUACCCAGAGCUAGCAGACAGUAGCAGCAACAUCCAGUUUUUAAGACAGAAUGAAAUGGGAAAGAGGUAACAAAUUAACCUGCUGUCAUCCUCUGCUGGAUGAAUCAGUAGUCAUAACUGUUAUCUCCUCUCCUAAGGAGAUGAAGACCUACAUGGGGGCACUAGGCUGAGCUACUUUGGGAUAGCAAGUGGCAAAAAAGCUCAUAUUUUUUGAGUUAAAUGCUACUGUUCAAGUGAUUAAAAACCACAUCCUGAAGUGGACUAAAGCCUGACUGAAAACUCUAACCAUACAAAUUUAAAAGUACCCCUGAAAUAUUACCCACUUGUUCUGGGUCUAAAGAAAAAUAAAAAGAAGGCCUCGUAUUGUAUUACCUCACUUCAUUCACACGUGAGCAAACUAAGAAAUCCAAGUGGGCCACUUUCACUAACCAGCUGAUGAAACACAAAUGAUUCAGACUGCUUGUUUGAUAAAUAUCCAAGAGGUUUUCAUUUAAAGCAAAAUACAGGUGCAUUUAAAACAUGACUUUGGGGUGAUUUGUGUGUAGCAACUGGAGGAAAAGGAGAAUGCAAGUGAGAGCACACUGGAAAUAGUAAAGGAAACUAUAUUUAAAAAUAACAAAUCCGCACUUGCACUCUGACCCUCCAUUUGUCUGGCCUGAAGCUUAACUUAUUCAAAGAGGGCAGAGUGUAAAGUUACAUUCAAAAUGGUGGCUAUAAAUCACUACAAAUAAAUUUCAUACUCUGUUUGUCUUUGAAGAUUUCCAUUGUGGACAGUAUAACACAGUUACAGGGUGUAGUCUGUUUAGAUUCAGUAGUUUGUUGGUAUCAGUUCCAGUAGAGCUGUGGGCAUUGUGUUACACUAUUGCAAAUGGGCACCACGUCAGAUCACCCUGUACAUACAUCAGCCAGAAGGCACAAUCACUGUUUCAGAUUUAAAAAUUAUUAGUGUGUUUGUUUGGUCGAGAAACUGAGACAAUCACAUUACAGUCACCACAAAAGAAAAAAAAAAAAAAAGUCUAAUAAGAACUUUGGUACAAGAACUUUUUUGUAAUAUACAUGUAUGAAUUGUUCAUUGAGUUUUUAUAUUAAUUUUAAUUUGCUGCUAAGCAAAGACUAGAGACAGGCAAAGAUAAUUUAUGGCAAAGUGUUUAAAUUGUUUAUACAUAAAUAAAGUCUCUAAAACUCCUGUGAA